UCUCCACUAUGCAGCAGAUCUAAUCUGAACGUUAUGCUACUGUACUCCAUUUAAUUGGGAUGCACCUGGAGCGAGAGUGACUAGGCUGAAGUUGGCCCCAGAUUCAAAAUGCGGUGGAGUUAAGUUUCUAUUCCACCUUAAAUAUUGCAAUUUUCUACCGCCAGGGGGCAGUGUUAACCGUAUUUCUCAUGACUGUAUAAAAAAAACCUGUUUGGAACACACAAAAAAUACAUUAGAAAUGAGGUACAGUGCAAAUUGUCAGGUAAAAUGUAAAUUGACUUCUCUAUUCUGGGCAAACUCAAAUUUGUUCUCUGAAAUGUUCUACUUCUACCAGAAGCAUCAGCUAAACAGAAGGACAUGGAGUUUUGGAUAGCAUCCUUCAGUCACAGACCAAAUAGAAGCUGACAAAUGAAGGGGUUGCAGUUUAUUUUUAUUUUGUUGAUGACUGUCAACCUCUGUGACCUUGUCUUCUCCGCCUGUGGUCAAGCUGAGUACUUCAUAGGAGAAGAGUGCUGUCCUAUGUGUGGCCCUGGGUACUAUGUACACAUACACUGCGCUGAAUAUAGAAGCACGACAUGUGUGCCAUGUCCCCAGUCUACUUUCACUGAUGAACCAAAUGGACUUGCUUCCUGCAGAUCAUGCAGCGUUUGUGACCAAACUGCAGGUCUAAGAGUGAAGAGGGCGUGCAGCUCCACCUCAGACACACUCUGUGAGCCUCUGGAAGGUCACUACUGCACUGACCCAAUCAAAGAUGGCUGCAGAGGAGCUGUGGAACACACAAAGUGCUCACCAGGACAGUACAUCAAACAGCCAGGCAAUGCAUCUUCAGAUGCUGUGUGUAGUGACUGUGUAGGUGCCACAUACUCAAAUGGAUCCUUCACAUCCUGCAGACCACACACAAGGUGUGAAUCUCUGGGACAUGUCUUGAAGAAGCCAGGAACACACACAGCUGAUGCUGAAUGUGAAAUCCGACGUCAUCACAUGGUGUUACUGGCAAACCUGAUCUUCGCUUGUAUCCUUUUUGUUGUGCUAACCAUUGUCAUGGCAGAGAAAACAAGAAACUGAAACUGUUACAUUUGUAUUCUCUAGCGCUAGCGUGGCGGUCACAUAGGACUUGAGUUUUUUUUCUUCCAGAUUUUUUAGGGGUCCAAACAGCGAAGCUGCGGGAACCCUAUUGGUUUUGUUCUGAUUAUUAACCCUUCUUCUUAUUUUUCCGCAGCAAAACCAUAUAUGCAUCCAUAUAUGCAGCUAUAUGGAUAUCCAGCGUUUCUUAAACUAUGGGCCGUGGACUUUCCCCCUAAGAUGGCAGCAAAGAUGGCAACAUUUCCAGAAAG